AUGAACGAUCUCGACCAAAGCAAUGAUCCUAUCCUCAAAGCCUGCCAACAACAGUUUUCUCACUUCCGCCAUGAUACUUUCAUGCCAGUACGCACAAAUGAAGGAGAGCAAGAUGUGGUUCUUUGAAGACGGAGUUGGACUCCGCGCUGAACAAAUACGAAAUUCCUUUUCAACUUCUUAACUAAAUAAAACUGCAGUGUUCUCAACUGCCAAACUCUUCAACACACA